UCUCUCUUUCUUUGUCAAGAGCAAGGUUCCAUCAAUAUCUAUCCUUUCAAUAUUUUCCAUUUGCCACCAGAUGAAUUCUCAAGUUUUGUAAUUUUUUUCUUCCUUCCCACAAGACAAUGUAAUUUUCCAAAUAACUCCGCGAUGAGUGUUUCAUAUUCUCAACGAAGAAUUGCAGAUAAUCUGCGAUGAAGUGAUCAUGAAAAUUUUAGUGAAAAUGUGCUGGUCCUUUGACCUUGUGAUAUUACUUUUGACAUUUCUUCUCAUUUCCAAAGUUUCCGCUCAAGAAAAUGAGGAGGAGUCAUAUAGUGGAAGAUAUUUGGGAAAAUUAAACACUUAUCAUCAUCAGGUUGGUGGCGAAGUCUAUGUUGUCGACGAAUACACGUUACUUUUCAAAUCCUUCGUUUACGAUGGCAAUGGAGCUGAUACAUUUUUCUGGGCUGGAAGUACGAAUCGUCCAGGACCCACAGGAUUUAUUGUUCCAGACGAAUGGGGACAUACAAAUGUUCUCGGUCCGUACACAAAUAGGCAAUUUACUUUAACACUUCCUGAUAAUAAAAAAAUCAGGGAUAUUAAAUGGUUCGCCGUAUAUGACAUAAACAGUCAGAACACUUUCGGUGAUGUCCAUAUUCCGGAGGAAUUUGAUCCUCCAGUUCCGCAAAAAAUUCUCCAAUUAUCGAAAAGAAAACAUAAUGUCUCGUCAGAUUCGAUUGAAAUACUAGAUGCGAAGACAAUAAAAAUUCCCCAAUUAACCUACGAUGGAAAAGGGAAAGACACUUAUUUUUGGGUCGGAGUUGGAGCACAACCCUCGAGUAAAGGCACCAAAGUUCCCGAUGAAUAUGGCUAUUUAGAAUCAUUACGAGAAUACAAGGGCGAAGAGAUAAUAAUUCAAUUGCCAGGGAACUUCACUGUCUUCAAUGUUGAUUGGCUCAGUAUUUUCGAUAUUGAAACAAAUACCAAUUUUGGAUCGGUCAUCAUUCCCGAUGGUUUAAAUAUUCCACCUUCAUUAGUAAAGAAUAUACCGUCGAAGACUAUAUUCGAAAAUAUGGACAAUUGCGUUCAACUUCACAAGAAUUAUCAAGUGAAGUGGCAAAUAUUUGGUCCUCAAAUCACAAUUGGAUUAAUAGGACAAAUAGGCGAUCGUGAUUAUAUGGCAUUUGGUCUUUCCGGCUCCGAGGAACGUAGUCAAAUGGAAGGCGCAGACGUUGCUGUCGUUUACAUUGAUGAUAUUCGAGGAUACGCGAUAGAUUAUAAUAUCACUGCGAAAGCUCCCUGCGGAAAGGUCCUUGGACAAUAUAAAGGAGUCUGUAAAGAUGACGUUGUUGGCGGUCUAGACAGCAAUCAGCUUACAACCGCUGUAAGAGAAGACGGAUUAACGAAAAUUUCAUAUCGUCGCACGCUCAUUUCUUCUGAUCAUGGAGACAAAGAGUAUCCAACUAAUGGUUCCGUCUAUAUUGUCUGGGCCCUAGGAAGACUUGAUGAGAAUAACGAACCCAAUUUUCACGACGUUUAUCCAAAACGUAGUCUAAAAUUGGAACUCGGACGCUCUGAGCCCUACAGUUCCUGUAUGGACUUUACAGAAGAUGAUAAAACUUUAAGAGAGCCAUGGGAGAAAUCAGACAUCGUCGAUCGAAGUAUAAGAAGUUUCAAAGCAACGAUUGGCCCGUCAGGAGGUAAAAAGGGCUAUCAAGCUAUCACGGGACAAACGACAAUGGGUCUCGCUUGGUACAUAAACGGACAACUCGUGCCAGAAUUAUUUUUACGUCGAGGAUUGACCUACAGCUUCAAUGUCCACGGUGGUAAUAAUCCUCACAGUGCCGAAUUAUAUCAUCCUCUGAUAAUAACCGACGAACCACACGGCGGUUACGACAGAUUGAGUGACAGCGCUCAAAGUAAAGUUCGUGUUCUCGCUGGCGUUGAAUUUACAAGAAGAGGAAGACCCAGACCGACCGCUGUUGGUCCUUUAUGCUUGAGCAAGCACAAUGCACGUGACAGAAGAUUAGACGACGAUUUUCCCAGUUUCAAAAAAUUCAACAGAUCAUUAAUUCAUCAUUGUGAACCAGGAGAAAGCGGCGUUUUAGAAAUAACUCCAAAUUCCUCUUGGCCUGACUUUGUCUAUUACAAUUCUUUCACUCAUGCAAAUAUGGGUUGGAAAAUUCACGUCAUCGAUUCGUACACAAGAAGUCAGGGUUUCAUUCACUCAUCGAGUUGGUUUCUCAUAUUUUUGACAAUUUUUUCACUUAUCUACAAAAAUACGUUUACUUGAAAAAUUUGCUCAAAGAAAGAAAUAUUGUCGAUUUUCUAGUUUUUUAUAUUUUUUUUUGCGUUUACGAAAACUAGAAAAUAAAAAACAAUUUCUAAUAAAAUGAUAAAAAUGAAAUA